CCACGCCCACCGCCCUUCCCCUACUCCGGCUCAGAGGAACGGCUCCUCCCAUUUCGAAACUGCUGUUCCUCCCAUUUUCGCCCUCCCCCGCGAUGAAAUCCGGUGGUUCCUUCUUCAAAUCCUUCCUCCCCCGUCGAUUUGAGUGGUGCGCGGCGUUUCCGUUCGAGGGGCAAGGCAUUCGGUGCUCUCGGCGACGCUGGUUGAGCUGCUUCGUUGACGGGUUGGAUCUACGGAGGAACGACAACCGACGGCGGUGGUGCGGUGAACGGCAGCAGCAGGGCGCAGGGAGGACCGAUGAUCCGGGGAUGAGCGAAGGAUCUAUGUCCCAAAACUCCGGAACAAUGGAUGACAGCAGUAAGGAAAUGCAGGAAGACCGCCUUCCAGUCAAUCCUGACGCCAAUCCUUCUAAUGUUACUGUAGAUAAUGAAACAGAGGUUCGUAGCACUGCGCCCACAAUUGGGUACAAGCGUCAAAGAAUGUCGAAAGCGAUCAUUGCUCGUGGCCCCCGUCCAUCAGAUAUUGAUAGCAACGAGGAUGUAUCUAGAGAUGCUGAUAAGGACCCUGAAUUUGACAAAGAUAAUGAGCGUGAAGCUGACAAAGAUAUUGAGGAUCAUCCAAGAAAAGCAAAGCGCCAAAAGUCUUCAGGAAAUGAGGGUUUUAGGAACAGGGGAUCACCUGCAAGGCUGUAUAAACUAAACAAAUCUCUUAUAUCUGUCCAAAAGGGUUGAUCAUUGACAAAGAGUUCGGUGGUUUGUUGGACCUGCAGCCACUACAAUGGAUGCAGAUCUCAGCCAAUGAAUUAUGAAACACUACGACCCCGAGAAGUCCCAAGUUGUUAUACCAGAGAGGGGGAAGAUCCCG